UCCCGGCGCUGUCGCAAAAUUGACGCAUGCGUGUCGCGGCGGCAGGAGUCUUGGGCCGGGUAUCAUGGCGACGUACGUGGACAUCCUGAAGAGCGAGUUUCCUGAGAUCGACACGGAGGUUUUCGACUACAUAACAGGUGUGUUGGCGAGCUGUGGAGCAGACUUUGAGGAUGGCGAGGAGGUGUACGAGGCGGUGGGAGGAGUCCUGCAGGACGUGUCAGCUGACAGCAAAAACGAGGACGACGUCAGAGACAUCUGCCUCCAGAUGUUCAACACGCUCAAACUGAAUAACCAUCACGGAGCUCAGAGGCAGGUGUUGUUGGACGCUCCCGUUCAGCUCUCUCAGAUCUCUGCAGACAACGUUGGUGCAGCAGAAGACGUUCAGGGGAUCUGGAUGAUGAAGCGCGGCCAGAACACAACGGUGGACGCUAAGAAGCUGGAGAAGGCCGAGGCCAAGCUGAGGCAGAAACACGACCGCCGCAACGAGAAGGACUCGCUGAAGCCAGCCAAUCCGCUAGUCCUGGAGGAGGCGUCGGCCAGUCAGGCCAGCAGUAAGAAGGACAGCCGAGUCGACCAAUCAGGGAAGAACCGCAGCUAUGACAUCCGCAUCGAGAACUUUGACGUUUCCUUUGGAGAAAGGUGUUUGCUGCAGGGGGCGGAGCUGUCUCUGUCGACCGGCCGGCGCUACGGUCUGAUUGGCCGGAACGGUUUGGGGAAGACGACGCUGCUGAAGAUGCUGGCCAGUCGCAGCCUCCGUGUCCCGGCUCACAUCACCAUCCUGCACGUGGAGCAGGAAGUGGCGGGGGACGAGACGGCGGCGCUGCAGAGCGUCCUGUCCAGCGACACGCUGAGAGAAGAACUGCUGGGGGAGGAGAAGACGCUCAACGCCCGCAUCGCUAACGGAACGGCCGACGGGUUGGAGAGCGUCCGACUGACAGAGAUCUACGCCAAGCUGGAGGAGAUCGAGGCCGACAAAGCUCCGGCACGAGCCUCCGUCAUCCUGGCUGGUCUCGGAUUCUCUCCCAAAAUGCAACAGCAGGCUACCAAGGAGUUCUCAGGAGGAUGGAGGAUGAGGUUGGCGUUGGCCAGGGCUCUGUUUGCUCGGCCAGACCUGCUGCUGCUGGAUGAGCCGACCAACAUGCUGGACGUCCGAGCCAUUCUGUGGUUGGAGACCUACCUGCAGACGUGGCAGUCCACCAUCUUGGUGGUGUCCCACGACAGGAACUUCCUGAACGCCGUGGUAACGGACAUCGUGCACCUGCACUCCCAGAGGCUGGACAGUUACCGCGGCGACUACGAAAACUUUAUUAAAACCAAAGAAGACAGACUGAAGAACCAGCAGAGAGAGUACGAGGCCCAACUGCAGUACAGACAGCAUAUACAGGUGUUCAUCGACAGAUUUCGGUACAACGCUAACAGAGCUGCUCAGGUGCAGAGCAAACUCAAACUGCUGGAGAGGCUACCUGAACUGAAGCCUCUGGAGAAAGAAACUGAAGUCACUUUAAAGUUUCCUGAUAACUUUGAGAAGUUGUCUCCUCCCAUCCUCCAGUUAGAUGAAGUAGAGUUCUACUACUCAGCAGAUCGCCGUCUCUUCUCAGGACUCUCACUGUCUGCUGACCUCGAGUCUCGCAUCUGCAUCGUGGGAGAAAACGGCGCUGGGAAAACGACGGUCCUCAAUACUGAUGGCGAGUUGACGCCGGUCAACGGAGUCAGACAAUCUCACAGGAACCUGAAGAUCGGGUACUUCAGUCAGCAUCACGUGGACCAGCUGGACCUCAACGUCUGCUCAGUGGAGCUGCUGCUCAACCGCUUCCCCGGCAGGACAGAGGAGGAGUACCGUCACCAGCUGGGGGGUUACGGUAUAACGGGGGAGUUGGCCACGCGGCCGGUAGCCAGUCUGUCUGGAGGUCAGAAGAGCCGGGUGGCCUUCGCUCAGAUGACCAUGCCUUGUCCGAACUUCUACAUCCUGGAUGAGCCGACCAAUCACCUGGACAUGGAGAGCAUCGAGGCGCUCGCUAAAGCUCUCAACAAGUUCAGAGGCGGGGUGAUCCUGGUGUCCCACGACGAGCGGCUGAUCCGAUUGGUCUGUAAGGAGCUGUGGGUGUGCGAGGCCGGCAGCGUGCGGCGCAUCGACGGCGGCUUCGACGAGUACCGCGACAUCCUGCACGAGCAGUUCAGGAAGGAAGGCUACCUGUAGGUCCCGCCCCCUCUCUCUGGCAGCAGCCAAUCAGCCGGCCGGAUGAUGAACUGUCCCGCCUGCUGCCAGCCGAUUGGUCGAGGAGGAGGAGGAGCCACCAGAAACCAUGUGGACUUUAUUUAAAAGUUUCUCUUCUCGUCAAACCGGAUUUUGUUUUGUAUCAGAUUAAAAUGUUCACGUUCAGACACAAAGCCAAUAAAAACAUCCGAUCCUGUCUUCA